UGUUGGGACACGUGACUUGGAGGCUGCACACUGAUCUGUUUUGACAAGCAGCGGGGAGGUGAGAGGGGGACAGACUUGAGAGUAGGCUGUAAGAGUUGGUGGCAAAAGCUUUGUGAGCAGUGAUGACGAGAAUACUCAGCAUUACUUUAUCGCCGAAUUUACAUUGGAUUGAGUUGGCAAGCUAGUUAACAGUGACUUUGUAGAGUAAACAAGACAUCUUUUAGCAAGCUAGCGAGCACUACUAGCUAUGCAGGCUGCUGCGGCCAAGUAUCGAAGAUAGCCAGCUAACUAGUUAGCUAGCAUGUUUCUGUAAAAGUUGUGAUGGUAUGAAGCGGACCAAAAGUGGGGGAGAGGUGGCAACCCAACCUAGCUAGCCUACAGUCAUUACUGAAUGAAAACCCGGACGAUAUGUUUUUCAUCAACGUCAUGCGUUGACAUUGUCAUUCCAACAGAAUGAUUCGUUGAACAAGACUCGUCCGUCGUCGUGCAGCGGAGAGUAGGACAUUCUGUACCUGCGUGGGGGUUGGGGGGUUUUGACACAAGGUCGUCGUCAACAGAUGCCUAGCAAGCUAACUUGGUAGUUAUGUUAGCUAGCUAAUCAUUGUUGAGGAGGCUUGCCACACAGGACGAAGUAGCUAGUUUACAGUCGCUAACAUUGCGAGCAAUACAAUACUGAGAGAGUGAUGCUUCGCGAGGUGACUGCCGUGUUUCUUGUGCUAAUGCUCGAUUUUGAAGUGUAUAGUCAGGGUAGCUAGUUUGCUAGUCAGUUUAACUCGUUUUGGCAUAUUGAUUAACAACCCAAUUGCGAUAGUUAACUGUUCGGUGCAAGCUAGUCUUCGUCCACCAGUUUACAGUACAACCCGAUGGACGUGUACAGUGGCGUGCAAACAAAGCAAUGCUUUGUUGGAUAGGGAGCAAUUGGCAGCAUAACGGCUUUUCAGCUGGCAUUGUUGCUUAAUAUAUUAAGUCAGCAAAAUAUUUUCUAGGCUUGGGGUCCAUACAGAAUUGCUGUCAAGGUUGUGUUUGUCGUGUGUCAGCCUUCAAGAAGAAAUAACAGACGAAAGACAGAAGUCCCAGCGAGAGACGAGGAAGGCAUCCCGAUGACACUGGAAAACAUGAAACCUGAACGAGACGCGGCCGAGGAGUUCUUCGAGUAUGACGCCGAGGAGUUCCUCGUGUUCCUGACUCUGCUCAUCACAGAGGGGCGGACUCCAGAAUGUUCCGUGAAGGGUAGGACCGAGGGCCUCCACUGCCCCCCCGCCCAGUCCACCCUGCCCCCCCUCCACAAGCAUGAGUGCAGCGACAAACUGCCCCAGUGUCGACAGGCCAGGCGGACCCGCUCAGAGUUGAUGUUGCUGUGGAGGAACAGUAUUCCCAUCAUGAUUGAGGUCAUGCUACUGCCAGACUGCUGCUAUGGAGAUGAGUGCCCCCCCAGCGACCCCAUCAGUGACCCGGCCAUCAAACAGGACGCUCUGCUGCUCGAGAGAUGGACCCUGCAGCCAGUACCCCGACAGAGUGGUGAACGUUUCAUCGAGGAGAAGACGUUGCUGCUGGCCGUGCGCUCCUACGUGUUCUUCUCCCAGCUCAGCGCCUGGCUCAGCGCCUCCCACGGUGUCGUCCCCAGGAAUGUCCUCUACAGGGUCAGCGCAGCGGACGAGGAGCUGGUCUGGAAGUUCUCCCAGCCGCCCUCGGAGCAUCUCUUCCCCGUCCCUAACGUCUCCCAGAGCGUCGCCCUGCGAGUCCGCGUCCAGUCCCUCCCCCGCCAGACCACCUACCCCACCCUGGCCUGCAGCAUCCACACUGCCCUGCCCCCCCUUUACAGCAAGACCCCCACCCUCCACCCCAGCCAGGGCCUGCCCUCACACUUCAGGAGGGGCCAGGACUCCAAAGAGAGUCUGCUUCACAAUGCUCAUUUCCCCCUUUAUAGCAAGAGCUCCAACGCCCUAGGUCUCCCCAUCGCUGGGCUCCCCAUCGCAAGUUUCCCCAUCACCAGUCUCCCCCUCUCUGGUCUCCCUCUCUCUGGUCUCCCCCUCCACAACAAGAGGAGCCAGGAGUCUUCAGACAGCCAUGGUCACAUGUUUCAGAAUGGAGAACUCCCCCAGGUCAACGCCCCGCAUCGUCAGGGCUCCCCCCUGUUCUCCCGGCCCUCCCGCUCGCACUCCCCCCUCCCCCCAGGGGGGAAGGCCGUCAGGUGGCUGUACUCUGCCCUCAAUGGCCCCUCCGACCCCCCCCACACCGAGGACUACGGUCUGUCGAACGGGGCGGAGACCUCUCGGGGCGGGGGCUCGGAACCGCUGCGGGCCUUCAAGACCCUGUCCUUGACCGACCCACCACGCUGCCCCUCCCCCAGGCCCAUCACCACAGAGACCAACCCCCUGAUUGGCUCUCUGCUGCAGGAGAGACAGGAAGUGAUCGCCCGCAUUGCACAGCGCCUCAACUUCUGCGACCCGACUGCGCCGCCCCUGCCGUCUGCCCUCUUUACGCCGGACGCCCCUCCCAAAGCCUUCUGGGGCAGUAGCCAUGACGACGCCACUCUCCGAAAGACCAAAGAGGCGGAGGCCCCGCCCCCUGAGCCCGCCGGCCCCGCUCGCCCCUCCCCGCACGACACGCCCGUUCACGACACGCCCCCGGGGAAGCGAGAGACGUCGUCCCCUCGGCCCGCGGCCUGCAGGAGACUGAGGCUGAGUGAGCCCGGGGAGGGGGAGAAGGAGAGAGAGCGCGAGAGAGACCGGGAGAGAGAGAACUCCCUCAUCUCCCAGGCCGUGCACGACAUCGCCAGGCUCAUCCAGGACAGGCUGGGCGUUCCCUCUCUGUCCCCGACGCACAGAGACGGGCGCGGCGGCAGCAGCCCUCUGCGCCACACACACACCCAGACCCUCACGGUCCGCACGUACACACACACCACGCGCACCACUCACAGGACGCCAGACGUCAGCUGUCAUCAGAGCAAUGGCUUUGCCAAUGGCCACGCCCCCGGCCACGCCCCCGGCCACGCCCCCGGCCACGCCCCUGGCCACAGGGACCCAGACGCCACAACCCAUGCACCUGUUUGCACAGAUAAAGCCAGAACUAACCCGGAGGUAGACCUCUCUGUCCGAUCUCAGAACGGCACCUCUGUUACACUUGAAGACCCUCCGAUUAGACCCCAGCCCCACUGUUUACAGACCUUCCCCCCAGAGGUGCCCAGAGCCCAGGGCCUCGACCCCUCCGACGCCCCCCGCACCCUCAGAGAGAACGGCCUGAGGACCAGACAGACUUGCACAGACGCCUCCCCGGCCCACACCCAGAACCCCAUCAAGCUCCAGGCCCAGAGCCAGUCCACCCCCCUACAGGAUGAGAACCAGGCCCCCCCAGGCUCUGGAGCCUCCGGCCCCACCACCCCCACGACCAAAGGCCCCAGCACACCCACUGUCCUGCGGGCCCACAGCCCCCCCCCCCUGCGGCCGUGCAACAGCUGGAGGAAGCAAAACCGCCACUCACUAGACGCCACGGCAACCAAGGCCUUCCACCCUUGCACUGGCCUACCUCUCCUCUCCAGCCCAGUUCCCCAAAGGAGAACCCAGACUGGCUUCUUUGACCUGGAUUCUUCUGUGUUCGGCUGUAAAGGUCUGCCCUGGACACAUGGAAAAAGGGUGUCUCUGAAGAGGGAGGAGGACUCAGAGCAGCAUCAGCAGGUCCUCAGUGCCAGCGCUCCACCUGCCAGCCUCAGCCUCCUGGGCAACUUUGAGGAGUGUGUGUUGAACCACCGCCUGGAGCCUCUGGGGAUGAUCGAGGGCUUCACGGCGGAAGUUGGCGCCAGUGGGACCUUCUGCCCCAGUCACAUGACCUUUCCUGUGGACGUGUCGUUCUACAGCGUGUCGGAAGACAACGCCCCCUCGCCGUACAUGGGCGAAAUCACCCUGGAGUCCCUGGGUAAAAGGGGCUACCGUGUACCUCCAUCAGGAACCAUUCAAGUGACCUUAUUUAACCCCAACAAAACCGUGGUGAAGAUGUUUGUGGUGGUGUAUGACUUGAGGGCCAUGCCAGCUGGACACCAGACCUUCCUACGCCAGAGGACUUUCUCCGUUCCCGUCCGCCGUGACGGCUCGCACGCACACGCCAGCAGGAAGCCCCUCCCUCUGGGCCAGGGACGCACGCUGCGCUACCUCGUUCACCUGAGGUUCCAGAGCUCAAAGUCUGGGAAGAUCUACCUCCACAGAGACAUCCGUCUGCUGUUCUCCAGGAAGUCCAUGGAGGUGGACAGUGGUGCUGCCUACGAGCUCCAGUCUUUCACCGAGUCCCCAGCCAACCCGCCCUUCUCCCCCCGCUGCUGAGCCGGGUCCUCCCCUACCAGCACAGGACUACUGAGGCCUAACAACCCACAGGGCCCUGGAGCUAGUGGGAGGUGGCACUGGUACCCACUGAAAUGACAACCUGUUCUAUAGUGUGCUGCUGUGGGUCAAAGUUGUGAACCCCAGCCCACACAUGUUCCCAGUUAGAAGGGGUGAACAGGGUGACAUUUUGAGAGCCAUCAUUAGUUUACUUGCUCUACUAUAGGUAUACUGGGAUAUGUGGUUGUAUGACUUGUUACAGUUGUUCUUCCCAGGGUCUGUCAAGAGAGGACUGGGAAAGUCUCUGGAGGUGGGACCCCCUUAUCCUGUCCAGUCAGACAGCUGUGAUAAGAGCAAGGGGGGGGGGGGGGUGGGGGGGGGGGAUGCAACAGGAAAUGGGGGGAGAUUUGGUGCACCUCUGUCCCAGAGAAGUGCUGCUGUUUAACAAGCCCCAAAUACAAACAUCCUUGGACCACUGAAGAAGACUAGCAAGCAAUCAAGCCAGAGAAAAUACCAAGUUGACAUCAGAAGCGCACUGUGUAUUUCCACGAUAACUGGAAAUGAAAAAAUAGUAAUAUUCUAAUACUUUGUUUUUGUACUGUUAAAGAACCACUUUAUCGGAAGUGUUGCAAUAGAAAGAGAGUAACCUUAGCUUAGUGUUUGUUUAUUUACUUUCAACAUACCAUCAGUUAUUUAAUAUUUAAAUUAAUAUUUCAGUUCUGGCUCAUGUGACGUUUGUCAUGCUAAGCAUUAUGAUGUAGUGCAAACUCUGUAAAUCAUAGUAUGUAUUUUUGACAUUAAUAAUAAGAUCUGGAAAUAUAAAUAUAUCUAUAUAUCUUAUAAAGCAAUCUUAAAAUCUA